AUGUAUAUAGAGUACUUCAUGCUAGAAGACAUUCAUAAUAUGCUAUUCUGCACACAGCCUUCAGUGCAACUUUAUUGCAAGGUGGAUAAUUCUGUGCCUGUGGCCGAAAUAAAACUUCGAGCUUCGUCCACGACACCCACGACACUCUCCUCCGGCGUUCUGGGUAUGUCCAGCGCACCUACACCACCUGGUCUGGAAUCUAGCAACGCUGUUGCGUCGAGUGAGCUUGCCAACGGAGCUUUUUCGCUUGAAAACAUCCUCGGUGAAAAUCAUGAUGCCAUUGAACAUGCUGGGAAUGAGACGUCAGUUCCUGCCACGGGAUGGGACGAAGAAGAUGCAGAGAAGCCGCUCUUGGAGGGCUAUUGUGUAGAAUGCGAAGACCAACCUGCAGAAGCUCUGUGCGAAACCUGCGCGGAUCCUUAUUGCGAAGUAUGCUUUGCAGCGCAACAUCGUAAAGGUUCGCGGAAACAACACAAAUACAGACCCUUGGCGCACAAGAAGAAUAAGUCCGCAAAACCCAGUGGACAGGAUUCGGUCGUGAAUGGAGGGGUUACAAAUGAUGCCGGAGAACCGAUGACAGUUGAUGGUCCAGACAACGAAGACUCACAUAAUGAAGAUUGGGAACGCGUUGUCCCAGGACCUUCUCCUGAGACCACAAGUGCCCACCCAGCUAUUGGCGCCCGUGUCGGUGAAUGGUUCGCCGACCGUUCAAAGUUCAUCCCCUUGCGCUUAACGCUUCCGGAGCGCAAAUACCUCCGGCUGCUCGAAGCUGCCUUGACGGUCUCCGAGUACACCGACAAGAUCGACACGCUUGGUUUUGGUUUGUCAAAAACCAAGCGCAUCGUUCACCAAAUUCGCGAACUUUGUGCCAUCAUGUCCGGGCUGCUUCUGUCGGCCGACUACAAGGCGGGGCAAGAAUUGUUUACGGAUCGUGACUUCAAAGCCAAUGCAGAGUUUUAUCAAACCGUGUUCGAGCUAGGAAGGAGGCACAAGAUCAUGAAUCCAGACAAGAUGCGUACUACCUACGGAAAGCUUAUAUACCUGCUACAGGACAGUCAAAUGCCUGCAGUUAUGGAUCUAUUGAAUUUCUCAUGUGUGAAGCCUAUCAAAACCGUAUAUUCCGUCCUAGAGGAGCAUGACGCGUUAGAUCUUCUACGCGACGAUCUAAUUACAGUUGCCACAAAGGAAAUCUAUUCAGAAGAUCGCCUACGUCGUGACGUCCAGAAAGAUAUUAAGAGCAAGGAACGCGCAAUAGAGACCCUAUCAGCUCGAUACUCACGCAACGGCCUGUCGCAGGAAAACGUUCGGCAAUGCCUGUAUUCCAUCGGCGACAACCACGCAUUCCUACGUGCCAACCGCGAUCCCUGUGAUAAGAUGAUUGCCUACUUGAAGGAAUAUUUCCAUCCGACACAAGCCAAAGAUCCUCAUUCAAGUCUCGCCAUCCGCAGCGGAAAAGGAGGCGCCCGACUGUCGCAUGACCACAGCAAACAGUAUUCAUAUGUUUUGCAGAGUUUGACUCUCUGGCGGGAGAUUUUACAUGAUAUGUUCCACCUGUGGUCAUUGGCAGAGCAGGAUCUUCUCUCUGAAGAUGUCCCUUAUCGUCUUCGCGACACAGGCCAGGGUCUCAAUCGCGUCCAGGCGGCCCCAAAAACAUCACGCAUGAUGCACUCAAUCCUGCACAAAGCUCAAAAGAGUGUCGGUGCCUGGAUUGGAUCAAGUGUGAUCCACAUGGGUGACCACAACGUUCCUAACGCACUUCUAUUCAUCGACAAGUACACCCAGAUAUAUCGAAUUCUUUUGCCAAUCUGCAAUACCCUUUCACAGAUCGACACGAUCGCCACAAAACCUGCUCUUCGGUCCUACAUCGACGAUGAAUUUGGCUCUGUAGAGAAUUGCGUAAAGGAGAUCUUGGGUGAUUUCUUCAGACAUGGUUUCGACGGGUCGGGUGCGGAUAACUUCUUCGACGCUGGGAGCUGCAUCGAUGGCCGUUUGACGAGUGCUUGGAAUUGGUGCUCCUCUCUAGAGAAAAAGAAAUAUUUCCCCGUCUUUUUGCUUGCAGGCUUUGUCGGAUUCGACGGAGAAUGGUAG